CGUCCCGUCCUGUCCCUUCCCGUGCCGUGCCGGCGGCGCGGUGGGAGCGCGGCCGGGGGAGCCGCCGGGGGUGCCGAUGGAUCCCGGCGCUGAGGCGGAGCCGCUGCUGCCCCCGCGGCGCUGGCGGGCGGCCCGCGGGCUGUGGCGCUCGGCCGAGCUCGGUGCUGGAGCUGAUAAUGACCUUUACAUAAACCAAGCUGUAGUAUUUAUUGAAGAUGCAAUACAGUAUCGAUCCAUAAAUCACCGUGUGGACUCCAAAUCCCUGUGGCUUUAUCGAUGGUACUAUUCAAGGACUUGCCAGUGGAUUUUGAGUUUAACCAUCACUAUAAUCCUGGCUUUGGCUUUCGUUGAAGAGCCUUCUUCGCUCACGGUCACGUCGGAUGUGCGGUACCGCCCUCCCGCUUGGAACCCGCCCUGUGGCCUGACCGAAAGCCUGGAGCUGCUCUGCUUCCUGGUGUUUGGGCUGGAUGUGUCCGUGAAGAGUUACUUAAUUGGAUGGAAAGAAUUUUGGAAAAACAAAUGGCUAAUGGCUUAUAUACUGACAUUAAUUGUCUCCCUGACUGAUUGGAUUGUCUCGCUGAGCUUUUUCUGCACGGAGAGUUUGAGGAUAAGAAGGAUUCUUCGUCCGUUCUUUCUCCUUCAGAACUCCUCUAUGAUGAAGAAAACAUUAAAAAGUAUCAACAGCACAUUGCCUGAAAUGGCAAGUGUUGUUCUGCUGCUGGCUGUUCAUCUGUCCCUCUUCACCAUGUUUGCCAUGCUGCUGUUUGCUCGAACAAAGGAUAACCAGCAGGAUAAGGAGUGGGUGGUGUAUUUCCGGAAUCUGCCGGAUUCACUGACAUCCCUGCUGGUCCUGCUGACUACUGCAAACAAUCCUGAUGUGAUGAUUCCUGCAUAUUCUAAGAAUCGAGCAUAUUCCAUCUUCUUCAUCCUCUUCACUGUAUUAGGCAACCUGUUUCUGAUGAACUUGCUUACAGCAAUAAUAUACAACCAGUUUCGAGGAUACCUCCUGAAAUCAGUUCAGUCCUCCCUCUUCAGGAGGCGGCUGGGAAUCCGGGCUGCCUUCGAAGUGCUUUCCACCCUGAAAGAGACUCCUGCUAAUGCCCAACAGUCAUAUGUCAGCAGUGGGGCCUUACACCAAGUGCUGCAGAAAGUUGAGAUGGAUUCUCGCUGCAAACAAGCCAUCCUGAGGUCGCUCAAAAUGUGCUCCUGUGACCAACUGUCAGCUGCCCAGUUCCAGAAGCUCUUUGAAGAACUAGACAAAGAUGCCAUUAAGCAACAUCCUCCCAGUCCAGAGUACCAAUCCCAUUUUAUGCAGAAAUUGCAGUUUGCCUUUGGCCAUCCCUACUUUGGCUACUUGGGGAAUGUGGUAGCCCUUGCAAACAUUAUUUCUGUCUGUGUGGUUUUGGUGAUGGAUGCAGAUAAACAGCCUUCUGAAAGAGAUGACUUCUUCCUGGGGGCCAUCAACUGCUUCUUCAUCCUGUACUAUCUGCUGGAAAUGUUGCUGAAAAUCUUAGCAAUGGGCUUGAGAAGAUACUGGUCUUACCCAAGCAAUAGAUUUGAUGGACUUCUGACUGUAAUUUUGCUGAUUUUGGAGAUUGCAACUUUUGCUGUGUAUGGAUUUCCUCAUCCUGGCUGGAGACCUGAGUUGAUGGGUCUGUUAUCCCUGUGGGAUAUGGUGCGGCUGGUGAACAUGCUGAUCGUGUUCCGCUUCCUGCGGAUCAUCCCCAACAUGAAGUUCAUGGCUUUGGUUGUCACUACAUUGCUGGAUCUGGUAAAGAACUUAAGAGCCUUUGCAGGAAUCCUCGUGGUGGUUUUCUAUGCAUUUGCUAUCACUGGCAUAAUGCUGUUUAAAGGUGCCGUUGUUCCCUUGGGAAACACCAGUGCUGCCAACACAACAUUUGCUAAUGGCACUUUGCAGUGUGGGACCUACGAGCAGCUGGAAUAUUGGCCCAACAACUUCGAUGACUUUGCCGCAGCAGUGGUGACCCUCUGGGAUGUGAUGGUGGUGAACAACUGGCAGGUCUUUUUGGAUGCGUUUUCAAGAUAUUCAAGUCCGUGGGCAAAGAUCUAUUUUGUAGCCUGGUGGUUGAUCUCCUCUGUCAUCUGGGUUAAUCUCUUCGUAGCUUUACUUCUGGAGAACUUUAUUCACAAGUGGGACCGUCGCUGUCAUCGAGAGUCUCUUUCAGAUGUUGAAUACCAGAGGACAGUGGAACUAAUGUUCAGAGAUGUUUUGGAAGAACCUACAGAGGAGGAGUUGAUGGAAAAACUGCACCAGCACCCACACCUGCAGUUAUGUAGGUGACUGGUGGGAAGGACUGAUUUGUUUAGACCUCUGUUUUCUUGAGGUUGUCAGCUGGAAGAAACUGGAUUUUCUGUGAGAUGCUGUUUAGGAAGAGGGGCUUGUUAGGACAGUGUGUGAGGUUUUGCUUGGCAAUUCUCUGCAGGAAGGUUAUUUUAUUUUUGGGUUCAUAUCUUUUUCGCAGAAGAUUUGAAUCUUGCUAACUUGACUUGAUUUUAAGUUGCAGUUUUAGAGGAGCGUUGCAGCCAUUAUUUUUAUAGACUGUUGAUAUCAGAACAUGUUUUAUUUUCUUUUUUUUAAGAGGGAAAGUGUGUUUAAAAUGACAGUGCACUUUAAAAGAUGAACUUUAUAACCACUAAGCCUCCUACUUUCUUCAGCACAGGAAAAUGGAACUGCCUUUUCUGGCAAUGUGGCAAGGGCUGUGCCCUGCAAGUCAUGAAUGGACUAGGCAGGACCAGAACAGAAUCCUUAAUCUUUUUGUAGUGAGAGUCGAAACACUAUUUUUGCUGUAAUGUGACACCAGCGUAUCUUACCGAAUUUUCAGGAGUUAAUCACGUUGGAACACAAUCUGUUUCAGCUGAGGGGCAGGGGCUGCCUGCUUUGCACAUCCUCUGCUUUCCUCUGCUUUUGCUCAAGGGUUGGUGCCGGUUGCGUCGUGCUGGUCGCUGUGAGAGCGGCUCCAACCGCGACCGGAGCCGUCGCACUCGUGCUUUUCCAUGUGGUAAAAACUGAGCUCUUCUGGAGUAAACAUUCUCAUGCUGCUUUUUAGUGAACCCUCUUCCUUUUACUUUCCCGUCCUGCCUCUGUGCCGUGUUCCAUGAAAGAGCUGAACUUUGGCCGGAACGUCGCGCCACGAUCGCUGCCAGUCUCCCGCUUAAAGGGGGAUGGAAAAAAAAAAGGGUUGAGUUGGGAUAAUCAAAGUGCUCAGCAGUUCAAAUUUUUAAUUCGAGUCUGUGGGAUUAGAAGGUGCUCAACCAGUAUUGCAGGAUCACAUACCUUUAUGGCUUAAUGACCACACGUUCCAUAUCACUGACUUUCACCCGGGUAAAACUUUUUUGGGUAAGUGACUUCCUCAACAAACCUAAAGUGGGGAAUUAACAGUAACCUGUGUCCGGGUGCUUUUCACUGUCCCUUGGUAUUCCUCUGAAAAGGUGAUUUUUUUUUGUUUGUUUGAAUCUUCACCCUGUGAGUAGUAAACUGCUGUGAAGAUCAGAAUGAAUCCCAGCUACUGUUUUGAGAUGUGAAAAUGAAACUGCUCUUUGAGGUACUGCCUUCUCAUGGAGACACUUGUCACCAAAACAGACACUGUUGUGGUCACCUCUGUAGGGACAAGGGCUUGGGGAAGGUAAUUGCCCAUAAAACACUGCUACUACUUGUAAGUUAUUUGAUUCUUUUUUUUUUUAAGAUAAAAAACAGUUUUCAGAAGUGCCAAGCAAUCAUCCUGUAUACUUUUCCCUCUUUUUUUUUUCUCAUUAGCCUCUCUUUCUGUCCUGCGUGAGGGAGAGGAAAAUAUCCAGGAUGAUGGUGCUUUUUCACUCAAAAGCUUAUUUUUGCCUUGUUGUCUCACUGUUCAAAGGUGGCUUAAUGAUUCUUGUCUGUCUGUUUCUUUAUCUUUUUGCCCGUAUUUUCUUUUUGCUGUGGAGUGAAAUGUGUUGUAGCUUCUACAUGUGUAGAACAAAACUGAACUGAGUUGUGGGCUACUCCUGCAAUCUUUCUUUACUUUUGUAAUCUUGCAUCUUAAGCCAGGCCCUUGUCUGUGUUCAGUCUCUUGUCUCUCUUCCAGAUUAAGCUCCCCAGGAACUCACUUGCACUGGUUCCAGUGGCAUCACUGCUUAUUUUCAGUCAUGCACUUAAAGCACUCAUCAUGGCAAGCUGAUAAAGGCAUCAGCACUGUUUUUUCUAGUUUUGAGUUUGUUUUUUUUCCAGUAUGGCUUUAUGUCAGGAUGGUUUCUGCUCCUUCCAGCAUGAUAUAUAAUCACUUCCACCAAUUUAUUGGCACUUAUUACACAGGGGUUAAAUAGUCUAUUUUACCUUUUUACUGAAAAUAAAAAGUUAUUUUUUUCCCACUUUUCUGAAUACUUGAAGUAGUUUUGCCUUUCCAAAAAAGGAAGUGUACAGUUCUUAACUGGUUUAAUUAUUUUUUUUUUGCCUCCUAAGGUUGUUUGGGUUUGGUUUUUUGUUUGCUUUUGGUUGUUUGGUUUUUUUGCCAUUACAUUCCACUACAGUCUACCAAAGCAGCACGAAUCAGUGUGGGAUUAUCAUAAACAUCACAACUGUCUCCAUUAUGCUUUCUUUGCAUCUGGGCAAUGUGAAGAAGGCAUUCUGAAGGGAAUAGUCUAUCUUGUUCUUGUUUCACAUUGGUGUAAUUGCCUGAAAGUGUAACUAGAAUUUAAUACAAAAUUGUGCCACCUAAUGUCACUUGAACUGGAAGAUGUAAAUGACCACAUUAUGCAAUAACUGUGUAAAAUCAUGAAAAUGAAUGUACAUAAUAAGGUAAAACUUGAGGUUUGCGUUAUUAAAAAAACUUUUUCUCAAACUGUGGAAAUAA